GACCCCUGGGGUAAAAGAUAAAUACUUUCAAAGGGCAAACCCUCAGACUUGAGCUGUCCUUCCUAGUCAGACUCAAGCUGUCCUACCUAGUGUUUUCUUUUUAAAAUAUAAAUUGUCUAACAUUUUUUCCCAUUAUAGACACUGUCAGCAGUGACAUUGAAAACAAUGAGCAGGUACUGUAAAUGCCAUUUAUGAUGUCAUGUCAUGUAUAUGUAUUUCAUGUGUAGAAUAUGUUACAGAUAGAAAGCUACAUGCCAUUUCUCUGCUCACCACCAUCACUUUCUCCACUCUCUACAAUAUCCUCCUCAGGUAGACAACUGGUACUGCAUAUAAUAUCCAUCACAGUACAUAAUCCAAUUUUACAUGUCUUUUAUUUUCCUCCUGUGUUAGUUCACACUGUGCGUCCUGCUGAUAUCUCAGUGUUGUAUUCCCUGAGCACGUCGCUGUCUGACAGGAAUGUAACAGCCAGGCUAGUCAGUCAAGUGGCAGAGUUGCUGUCAAUUUUUAACCCUGAAGUGAUGACUGGGAAUGGGGAAGCAUCACCGCAACCCAGGAGUUUACUGCAGGAAGUGGAGGAGCUGUCUUUUUCUCUGUCACAUCAGACGUCUGACUGGAAGUUCGUGCUGCUGUUUGUCUCCACAGAUCACCUGUGUGCAUGCUCACCACACGUUGAUGCUGAGGUCGGCUCUGUUGCACAGGAAGUAGACGAGGCUCUGCGGAUAUUACAAGAACGGUUGCAUCGUGCAUUAGUCCAUGUUGUGGUGUGGAGUUCAAAUCAACACAAGGACAACACGUGCAUAGCCGCUAAUCACCCAAAUGCUCGACUGUGUGAAGCCACUCUUGUGCAAAGAAUGCAGGAUUCCUUGCAUGGUGUGUUGGCACAUUCCAAGUGGCACCGAAUGAACUUUACUGCUCUGCUGCAGCCGCUACCACUUAUCCUGGAGGACACCUCAGAUGACACCUUGUCUGACGUAAGCAAACUGGCUGUGCGGCUGUGGGAAAGCAUGCUUCAGCCAUCAUCCAGUCCAGCAGGGGUCAGCACUUGUCCAACACAGGAACGACCUUACCUGAGGACGCAGGUCAAUUCACCCCACAACACACAGGAAGUGAAUAACAGGGCUGCUUUGCAAACAGACCAGGUCAUGGGAACUGAGAUACCCUGCACAGACCGCCAUCCAUCUCCAUCAGCACCAAACUCAGUUCAUGAGCUCAGACCCGCAGAUGUCAAGGUGGUGGCGGCAGUGGGCGACUCUCUAACGGCAGGCAACGGCGUGGGUGCAAAGUCGGACAACCUGCUGCUGGUGAUCAAUGAGUACAGAGGACUGUCAUGGAGCAUAGGCGGUGAUGAAAACAUCACCACGGUCACCACUCUUCCAAACAUCCUGAGGGAGUUCAACCCUUCUCUGACGGGCUUCUCACAGGGAAUCGGCAAAGCCGACUCUCCGGACUCCUUCCUGAACCAGGCAGUAGCCGGAGCCAAGAGUGGUGACGUGGUGCAACAAGUGCGCACCCUAGUGGCUAAAAUGAAAAACGACACGAGAAUUGAUUUCCACAAGGACUGGAAAGUGAUCACCAUGUUUAUUGGUGGCAAUGACAUAUGUGACUUCUGCACAGACAGCGUGUUCUUCUCACCCAGGAAUGUGGCCGGCCGUAUCCGUCAAGCUCUGGAUAUGCUCCACCAUGAAGUGCCACGUGCGUUGGUCAACCUGGUAGAGCUGUUGAACAUUAUACCGCUGCGUGAUCUGCAUAAAGAUAACACACUGGGCUGCCCCACCUGGUUUGUCAGAAUAGUUUGCCCCUGCGUACUGAAGCCAAGAGAUGGCUCAGCUGAACUACGGAAGGUCAACGAAUACAGUAGAGCUUAUCAGCAUGCAAUGCGAGAACUGGUCGACUCGGGCCGUUAUGACACACACGACAACUUCACCGUAGUACUGCAGCCUUUCUUCAGAGAGGUUUUCCUUCCUACUUUGGAAGACGGAAGGCCGGAUCGCUCCUACUUUACACCCGACUGUUUUCACUUGAGCCAGAGAGCUCACACUCUAAUGGCUAGAGCGCUGUGGAAUAACAUGUUGGAGCCAGUGGGAAACAAGACCUUCACUCAAGACUUCAUGGCUGGGUUUGAUUUAAAGUGUCCCUCUCAGGCUGUUCCGUUCUUUAGAACGGCGGCCAACAGCAACUACACCUUUCCGGGACCUCCGCCGACUCCUCCUCCAGUGACGAACUGGGGCAGCGACUUCUCCUGUCUUAACACGCACCCAUCAGACUCUGUGCCCGCUUCAGCUCACAGGGUACGACCAGCAGACAUCAAGGUGGUUGCCGCUUUGGGCGACUCGGUCACAACUGGUUUUGGUGCUAAGGCAAAGAAUCUUCUCCAGCUAAGAACCGAGUACAGAGGAGUAUCAUGGAGCAUCGGAGGAGAUAAAACCCUCGACACUGUCACCACCUUAGCCAACAUUCUCAGGAAGUUUAAUCCAAACCUUAAAGGAGCGUCAAAGGGUCAAGGAAAAAGGAGGAGAGGCUUCAACAUGUCCGAGGGAGGAGCCAAAGCCUCGGGAAUCCCAGAGCAAGUCAGGCGGCUGAUUGACAAAAUGAAAAACGACACUACUGUGGAUUUUGAGAAGGACUGGAAGCUGGUGACCCUCUUCAUUGGAGGCAAUGACCUGUGUCAGUACUGCAACGACCGGGCCUCCUUGUCGCCUCAGAACUUCAGCCACCAUAUGAUGACAAGUUUGGAUAUGCUCUACAAAGAGGUUCCCAGGACCAUCGUGAACAUUCUGGAGAUCCUGCAGAUUGAAGGCCUGCGUAGGAUCAAGAGGGAUAGCCUCGGGUGCAACGUGUUACAACCGUUAGGGUGCCCGUGCUUCAUGCUACCUAGUGACGACUCUCUGGAGCUGGCUGAGAUCAGGAGGAUCAAUCGGGAAGUGCAGAUGGAGACAGAGAAUUUGGCCCACAGCAGUCGCUAUGACAACAGGGAAGACUUUGCCGUGGUGGUGCAGCCCUUUUUUAAAAACUCCAUCCUUCCUUUGAAUGCCGAUGGAAGACCUGAUGUCACAUACUUCUCUGAGGACUGUUUCCACUUCGCUGAGAGGGGGCAUGCCGACAUGGCUGUGGCCAUGUGGAAUAACAUGCUGGAGCCAGUGGGUAAAAAGCAAACAUAUAAUCAUUUCACAAACGGCAGAAAUAGAAUCAAGUGUCCCACAGAGGAGCAUCCUUACAUUUUCACAAAGGUCAACAGCUUGCCCAGUGUGGACCCGACCACCCCAACCACCACCAGCAUCACUACCCCAACCACCACCACCAUCACCACCAUCACUACCCCAACCACCACUACAACAUCACCAUCCACUCACAGCACAGCACGCCCCGUCACGCCGCCUCAUUGUGCCGACAAUGUCCCGGUAUGGCUGGCUGCGGUGCUGGCUGUCAGCGCUCUCCUCAUUGGCUGGGGCCUCACCUGGCUGAUGCUCACCUGCAAUGCCAAAAGGAGGAAGAGGAGGAUGGACACGACAACAGUGGAGAUGAAGAGCUCCUUGUUUUAGCCAUUAGGCACCCCUGCACAAUCAAAAGACACCACUUGACAGACGAUAGACCUUUCAAAUGGAGCGUUAUUAUGUCUGUAGAGGCAGACGUUUAAUACAGCAGUUCUACUGGAGCUCAUGAAGAUGCAGGUGGACUUCGUACUUUGUUGUUUUUGUUGUUAAAUAUAUUGACAUUACACUACGGUAACAUGAAGCCAAUCAAAUCCAAGUACUGUACAAUAUCCCACAUCACCCAAUUCCACUGUUAUGUAGUUACAGUAUUUUUAUUUGGAUUAUAUAUACUCAAAAAUUCUAAUUAAUUCGUACAAUUUUUUUUACUAUUAUGUUAAAAUUAUUUGAAUGUUGUAGCUGGUCUAACAACUAAUUGAUUUUCUUAAUCAGGCCAAAUCAAAUUGUCUGCAUAAAAUAUACAUAUUACUUUCAUUUUUAUUGCACAUUAUCUUAAUUUACUUGAAAUUAUGUGACAAUUAUGCUCUCUUAAAUAAAUAUACAGUAUCAACUUUUU